AUUAGUGAUCCUACACAUACAACAAAACACACGUUAUUUUAGUUACAAUGGCACGUAAUACUGAUGAAAACGAUGACGGCAAUAUAAAUCCAGCGUCUGUUGCGUCUAAUGUUAAGAAUACAUUCAAACAAGAAGUUAUAAAAGAGCUUUUAAAUGGCUCGUUCCAAGACAAUAAAACUAAACUAGGUAAUGACGCACUCUCACUGGUGGUGGAAGUGUCUAAGUGUCUUGUGACGGAAAUAUGUCUCCGAGCAUCGAAUCAAGCUUUGAGAGAGAACUGUGACAAAGUUGACAUUGAACAUGUGGAGAAAUGUCUCCCACAGUUGAUGCUGGACUUCCCAUAAACAAUAUAUGAGUACACAGUAUGGAUUCUCUUCAAACUUCCUUACUUGACGGAAUAAUUGUUUUCAGUGUUCUCAUCGUUCAUAAAUGAGAAUAUAUUGUCAUUAUUAAGAGGGUACUUUGCUGCUCAUUAGAUUGAUUUUAUGGCUCUUUAGCCACUUCAGACAGCAUAGAAGGUGUUUCAGCAACCAUAUCUUGUUAUUUUGUUAUCUCUGUGACAGUAUUGACAGCUGUUGAAAAGUGAGGGAAUGUAAGAAAGUAUUAAUUUCAAAAACUGUACAAAAUCAAACAUACAUUUCAUUCAUCAUACCGUCAUAGAAAAGUGAAAAAAAUUGUAAACUUAUGUACAACUACCUUAUAAGUGUGUAUUAAAGGGAAAAUGUAACUCAACCAUGUGUUUG